UUGGCGGGAAAACAUUUGUUCGUCCAUAUUUUACUUGAUCAGUUUAUCUUGCUCAAAAUAUUGAAAACUUUCUAAAAUAUUUUGACCAUAAAGACUUUCUCUUAUAUUCUCAAAAAUGGAUGCAUUUUUUAAGGGUCGCACAGCAUCAACCUCGAAAAAACUAGAAGGAGAGUCAUCGACCAAAAAGACUUCUGUUCCUUGGGUAGAAAAAUACCGACCAAGAUCUGUGGACGAAGUAGCUCAUCAAGAAGAGGUAGUCAAAGUGCUCAAAAAGACAUUAGAGGGAGCUGAUCUGCCUAAUUUGCUAUUUUAUGGUCCCCCAGGGACAGGAAAAACGUCCACUAUUCUGGCUGUAGCAAGACAGUUGUAUGGACAUGAUCUCUACAAGUCCAGAGUGUUAGAGCUAAAUGCAUCAGAUGAACGUGGAAUACAGGUUGUUAGGGAAAAGGUUAAAAGCUUUGCUCAGUUAGCAGCAUCAGCAGUGAGAUCAGAUGGAAAACCCUGCCCUGCCUUCAAGUUGRUCAUUCUAGAUGAAGCUGACUCUAUGACUCCCAGUGCACAGGCUGCAUUGAGACGUACAAUGGAAAAACAAACAAGAACAACAAGAUUUUGUCUAAUCUGUAAUUAUGUCAGUCGAAUAAUAGAACCAUUGACUUCACGUUGCUCUAAGUUUCGAUUCAAGCCUCUCGAUUCAACAGUGCUAGAAACAAGACUGAAAGAAAUAUGUGAAAAAGAAGAAAUAMAUUAUGAMGACCAGGCAAUCCAGGAAAUUAUCAGAACAUCAGAAGGAGAUAUGAGAAAGGCUAUCACAUACUUACAAAGUGCACACAGACUGAAAAGUGAUUCUGGUAUUUGUGGUGAAGAUAUAGUAGAGAUUGCAGGGGUCAUUCCAAAGAAAAUGCUCCUAGAGUUGUUAGAGGCUUGUAAAACAGAUUCAUAUGAAAAGUUAGAGUCAGCAGUUAAGGACAUUAUUGCUGAAGGUCAUGCUGCUUCUCAACUUAUUAGUCAGAUUCUUGAUGAAAUAAUUCAAAUGGAAGAGCUAACAGAUCACCAGAAAUCAGAAAUAAYUGAAAAACUUGCAGUUGUAGAUAAAUGUCUGAUAGAUGGAGCUGAUGAAUACUUACAGGUUUUGAGUCUUUCAUCUGUCAUGAUGCAACAGUUUUGUCAUGCUGGUUAGCCUACUGGAUUUCAYAACACAAAAGAAAAUACUAUUUGCAAAUGCAAUUAACAUCAGUAGCACAGGCUGGAAAAUGUUGUAUGAAGAAUGAUUACAGUAAUAAAGAAAGUUCAUGUAACUUGCCCRCAGAAGACAGUUUAAAUCAUGACUGGUUAACCUUCCCUUUCAUUUGAUUUAAGKUCAUAAAUUAUUACACUCUGGUAUUUCAAGACAGUAAUUUCUGAACUGAAAAUUUAUAUUUAUCCAAGGACAUUAUAAACUUCAUUGUACUUUACUUAUAUGCUAAAAAGACAUGUACAAGAUAAAAAAACAUUUCCUGGUCUAA